UGAAGGUCACUGUAAGAGCGCAUCGAUCGAACGCCUGCGCGUACGACAUUUUCAGACUAUCUGACGAUCGACAGAUAUACAUGCAAUCGCAGACAGAUCGGGUGGUAGGAGCGUGCGCAGACGUGUUAAAAGUAAACCGGAAUGCAAGUCUCACGCAAGCAAUUUCUCGCGCCUACAAAAAGGCGAGCGCGAAAUGUACACUCACUCCUCGCCGAACUUGGCGACAGCCUCGACACGUACUCUCAGCAGCGGUGCACUGCGCCAUAGGGCAGCGCCGGAGCACUGCCAGUAUAUGUAUCAUAUGUCGGAGCUGCAGAAUAAGUCUACGGGUACGUGCGACUCGACCUUGAGCGCAAACAGGCAGACAAUGGAGCGCGAAUCUAGCAGACAAGCAGCUCGCGCUGCGAUCAUUGCAGCUGCUUCUCUUUUGGCUAGUAGCUGCGCUUCUUUACUCUGCUUUGUACUCUGCAAAGUGGGAGACCGUUGCGUGAGCUUGUUGACUGAUUAGGCUCAAUGAGCU